CCAAUGUCUGUGGGCCCUGCCUCGCCCACCUCCUCGCCCUCCCCUCUGGAGCGCGGCUGGCCAAUGACAGCCUUCCCCUGGCUCCAUGGGUUUCCCCCUCCCCUGUUGUCUCUACCCUGCCCCAGCUCUUCCCUGCCCACCCCUCGCUGACUCGCCUCGCCUCCCCGACGCGCUGGGUUCCCGGAGCGCAGAGCCCAGCGUUAGCGAGUGGGCUCCCCGAGGCCCCCUGCCCUCGCCGGGCUGCUCCGGGGUGUCGCUCCUCUGGCUGCUCCCGAAGGGGCUUCUGGCCCUGAGGACGGUGGUGCCAAGCGAACUUCAUUUUUAAAAAGAACUGGUGGAUGAGAAGAGCGAGCGAGGGCGAGCUAUGGACCCUGUGAGUCAGCUGGCCUCUGCGGGCACCUUCCGGGUGCUGAAGGAGCCCCUUGCCUUCCUGCGAGCCCUGGAAUUGCUUUUUGCAAUCUUUGCAUUUGCAACAUGCGGUGGCUAUUCCGGAGGCCUGCGGCUGAGUGUGGACUGCGUCAACAAGACAGAAAGUAACCUCAGCAUCGACAUAGCGUUUGCCUACCCAUUCAGGUUGCACCAGGUGACGUUUGAGGUGCCCACCUGCGAGGGAAAGGAACGGCAGAAGCUGGCAUUGAUUGGUGACUCCUCGUCUUCAGCAGAGUUCUUCGUCACUGUUGCUGUCUUCGCCUUCCUCUACUCUUUGGCUGCCACUGUCGUUUACAUUUUCUUCCAGAACAAAUACCGGGAAAACAACCGGGGCCCACUCAUUGACUUCAUUGUCACUGUAGUCUUUUCGUUCUUGUGGUUGGUGGGUUCAUCAGCUUGGGCAAAAGGACUGUCUGACGUCAAAGUUGCAACAGAUCCCAAGGAAGUAUUGCUACUAAUGUCAGCUUGCAAACAGCCAUCCAACAAAUGCAUGGCUAUCCACAGCCCUGUUAUGUCAAGCUUAAACACUUCUGUGCUUUCUGAAAUUCAAUCUGCGAAGGCACUUAAGAAGAGAGAAAGGGUUGCUACUCUGACUGGACUGUGAUUUCUGCUUUGGUGAGAUAGUAACCAUGAAAAUAAACUCUGCAUUAGGGUCUCACAAUCAUUUUUAUUCAUUGCUGACCACACUUGUAAAUGAAUACUUUGAGGUAUACGUUACCAUAUUUACUUAUACUUCUGUAGUUUGUUUAUAGACAGUAUUUAAUGAAAGCUAUUACAACCCUGAUCUCAAAAUCUAACAGGACAAAAAUAAAAUUGCUUGAUAUGUUUGUUAGUUUAAUAAUUAAUCUCCCAAUAAAUUAUGACAUUCUGCAUGGUUCUUCUAAUUCCACUUCUGAUAUAUCUAAUAAUUUUUAGACUAAAACUUGGAAAUUAUGAAUGAAAAACAAUGUGAUGUGUCUCCUAAAACCAAAAUAAAGAAUGAAUUGAAACCAAAUAAUGUGAUGUGUGUGAAAGGACAGGUCCAGUGGUGCUGUAGUGAUGUAUCCAUAUCAGUUAACAGUCUUCUAGUUCCUAGUGACAGAAAACUCAAUUCAAACUGGCUAAGGCAAACCAAUCCUCAUAUCCCUAAAAUCUGUUUUUGCAGUCCACUUCUGGUACCAGUGUUUGUAUGCAUUAGAAUAAUCAAAGCUGAUUUUAACUACAACAGGAAAAAAGUAUUUGGAAGGAUAUUAAGUCGCUCAUACAACUUGAUGAAACCUGAAGAAACAGGUUCUAGAAAGAGCAGAAUCUAGAGCAGAAUGAGAGUUCUAGAUGUUCAGUACCAAAUAAUUGUUUCUUAGAGUUGCCAUUAGUGGAAAGUUUUACCUAACCUUGCAUUGCUCUGCUCAAAAUGCAAAGUUCCAGGAGAGAGCUCAAGCCAUUUGACUGAAACUUGGCUCUGCAAAGAAAAUCAGAUUUCUAUUACCAAAAGCAGGGGAAAGGACAUUAAUGAACCAAAACACAAUAUUUUUAUUACAAAUUGUUUGGCUUCAAAUCAUACUGAGCUAGCUUAUGCAAAAACUGAAAAUAGUUGGAAAGACAUUAAAAGUGUGUCUUCCCAGGGCAAAACCCAACAGCCAAGAACUGGAAGGCUGCCAGGAAGCUGGACAGUUCUCAUCCUCCAUCUCUCAUCUCUCUUUCUUUCUGCAUCCCUGUCCCUUUCUGCAUGUUUGUUACGUUAUUCUCUCUUUUCAGGUGAAACUUUAUUUCUUUUUUUUCAUCCACACAGCAGAAGAUAGCCACUCUGCAGUUUCUAAGUUUAUAUGUAUUUUUUAAAGACUGAAUGGCUUGGACUGAAUGAAAAUCACUCAGGUCCAAUUGCAAAUUUCUGGUAGAGAGAAUCUCUUUUGCCCACCUUAGGCCAGAUGCCCACCUCAGUCUCAUCAGUUAUGAAUAGAGGGUUUGGAGGAUGAUGUAGUAGAAACAUGACUCAGAGAACACAAUUUACUGAGCAAACAUAGGUUUUGGAGUAGGAGCCAUACCCAUACCACAAUAAAUGACCUCUACAAGUAAAUGAGUCAGGAAAUAAUAGUCAUAUUCUCUACCUUGGUAACAAAUUUACUAUCUUCAAAGCACUUUGGCACCUAUAAUUUUACAGUAACACUAAAAUGUAGGUAAGAUAUCCAGAUACUACAAAUACUGGGAGCUAAGGUAAACUCUCUAAUCCUUAGUUUUAUCAUCUGUAAAAUGGGGAUAAUUGUACAACAGACCUCAAUACUGUUGAAACAAUUCAGUGAGAUAAUCUAUAAAAAAAAUACUUAGCAUCAUGCCCAGCUUAUGGCAAAUGCUCAAUACAUGUCAACUGGAAAUUGCUACUAAAAUAUGAUCAUUCCCAAAUGUCAUACAGUGUUAGAGCCUAAAUACAGAAGAAAUAAUGUUUUUAGUCUCUCAAUUUCUUUCAAAGUUUCACUGAGCACAAAUAGUUUAGCCAUAAUUUCAACUUCUGCUUCUCCAGCUUCACUCCAGACAAAUCUUAGUACAUCUUUUUAGACGAUCUAGAUCUUGUCUCCCCAUUUUUUGCAUGUUAUGUACAGUCUCUUUCAAUCUCUCUUUCUGUUGUCCCCAAGUCUGAGCUUGAAUCACAUUCUUACCCCAAUUUCAGUUCCAACAAAAUAGCAAAAAAGAGUUCAAGGGCCCAAGUGACCCUAAAAUGUGCCAGCCAAGAGAUCUGUGAUGCUGGAGUAAAAAAUCAGUACUCCUUAAAUAUGCCCAUUGAAAUGCCUUGUUUACGUUCUUACUUUUAAGUAGCAUUUCCUUGAUGUCUAAGUUUUUCUUUUUUAAAAUCCAAAUAGUAACAGGGAAAAGAGAGAGAUCAAUAGAUAGGAAAUAGCUAAAAUUACAUCCCUGGACAGAGCCAUGCCUGAAAAGAUCCCUUGAUAAUUUUUCCUCCCCUCCCACCCCCCGCUCCACUCCCCUCCUCUCCUCUCCUCUCCUCUCC